GUCACGUGACGCGGAAAAUGUGGGGCUUAAUUCCUGCGCUCGACUGCUCUCAGCUGCUGGGACUCUGCCCUUCAAACUGGAAGCUCUCCUUCUGCAGCAGCACGACCCUCGGCCCCUGGACGGACUCCCCUCGGCGCACUAUGUCGGACCAAGCUUUUGUGACGUUGGCCACCAACGACUGCUACGCUAAAGGAGCGAUGGUCCUCGGCCAGUCGCUGCGAGAACAUGACACCACCAAACAACUGGUGGUGCUCAUCGGACCUCAUGUUGCUGAGCCUUGCAGGGACGCUCUGCGUAAGGUUUUCGACGAGGUGCUUCUGGUGGAUGUCAUGGACUCGGGCGAUGAGGCUCAUCUGUCUCUCAUGAAGCGCCCGGACUUGGGGGUGACCUUCACGAAGCUGCACUGCUGGACUCUCACACAAUACAGCAAGUGUGUGUUCAUGGACGCAGACACACUGGUCCUGUCAAACAUUGACGAGCUCUUUGAGAGGGAAGAACUGUCGGCGGCUCCAGAUCCCGGCUGGCCCGACUGUUUCAACUCCGGGGUUUUUGUUUUCACGCCUUCCAAAGAGACGCACGAGAAGUUGAUCACGUUCUGUGCUGAAAAUGGUAGUUUUGAUGGUGGCGAUCAGGGCGUCCUCAACAGUUUCUUUGACACUUGGGCAACAGCAGAUAUUUCCAAACAUCUCCCCUUCAUUUACAACCUCAGCAGUAUCUCCAUCUACUCCUAUCUGCCAGCCUUCAAACAGUACGGCCAUGGUGCCAAGGUCGUCCACUUCCUGGGGAAGGUGAAGCCCUGGAACCACUCUUACGACAGCCAGCGGCGCGAGGUCGUGGGGCACUCCAUGUGUCCUGGUACGUCCGAGCUGCACCCCGAUUUCCUUCUCAUGUGGUGGAAGCUCUUCUCCAAGUCGGUGAUGCCGCUGCUGCAGGCGGCGUACGGAGACACACCAUUCCACAGCGGCGUCGUCAAGGCCUCCGAGGAGGGUCACCCACCCAAGGAUGUCGGAGAACAGCAGGAGCCCUCGUCCUCAUCUGCUGCUGCCGCUCCUCCUCUUCCUCCACCGGUGUCGUCGGAGGAGAGGAAGCAGCGCUGGGAGGCGGGACAGAUCGACUACCUGGGUGACGAUUCCUUCGACAACAUCGAGCGGAAGUUGGACUCUUUCCUGAAAUAGCCGGGGAACCGCAGCUGGCUGACUGAUGGAGACGCAGGUCUGCAGUGGACGGGCCCUGCAUGCUCCCAGGUGGCUAGUCGAUCUGUGCACCUUUGAGCCAACAUCCUCUCAGCCCAUAAAAACGGGUUUUGCCAGGAUACUGGUGCGAAGCGUCAAAUAAUAACACCCUCUCAAACGGCAAAAAAAUCAGGUUGUAUAUCGAAAGCUUUUGAAUUUAUUUUUGUAGCAUAAGAGCAUUAACAAAUAAAAAAAAUGUAUAUAAAACCACAUUAGGUAACGGUUCAAGACAAGCAUUUCAGAAGCAGUGACCACAUUAAGAGUAACUUAUUUGUUGUAACCUGUUGUAAGUCUUCCAAAAACAUUUUUGCCAUUGUUGUGCUCUUCACCUUCGACAGCCAGCAAUCUGUGUCUCAAACAUGUUCUGUUGCAUGGCAGCGUGGACCCCAGUAUUGAAGCACUUUCGGCCGCAUCAUCAAAUGAUGUUUUUUUAUAGUGUGGCUUCCGUGUCCUGCAUGUACAGGUCUGUGCUUUUCACACCCGUGUCCUCCGUCUCCUGCCUGUAGUGAAACCUGCUGCCUUAUCGUCACUGUUUACAAGUCUGCUGCUGUGAGCACAAACCUUUCCCGAUGCCAUUACAGUUGUUAGAUGCCACUCCAGCCGCGUGCUCUUCAGUGAUAAACUCUACAUGUCACUCCACUGUAAACUCUGAGCCAACUAGAAUCAGAGGAAAAGUGCUUUCUUCUCUCGUGAGAGUGUAACCACGUCUGUUUCUCUGUCAAGUGUAACUCCCUGCUGCUAAUAAAAA